AAAACUGGUUCAAUGUGAACUUCCUGAAAGCACCACAAACUUUGGACUGACUGCUUACAGCUGGACAGUAGUUGGUAGACAUUUUCUUUCCAAGCUCUGAGGUCUCAUCAGUUCAUCACCAUGCCAACUGAUGCGCAGACUGAUGCUCGCUCCUUCCUGAGUGAGGAUAUGAUAGCCGAGUUUAAGGCAGCUUUCGAUAUGUUUGACUCUGAUGGUGGGGGUGACAUCAGCACCAAAGAGCUGGGUACAGUGAUGAGGAUGCUGGGACAAAAUCCCUCCCGAGAGGAGCUGGACGCUAUUAUUGAGGAUGUAGAUGAGGAUGGAAGCGGAACAAUUGACUUUGAGGAGUUCCUGGUGAUGAUGGUGCAGCAGCUGAAGGAAGACCAGGCUGGAAAGACCGAGGAGGAGUUGUCAGAAUGCUUCCGUAUUUUCGAUAAGAAUGGUGAUGGUUUCAUUGACCGUGAGGAGUUUGGAGAUAUCUUGCGCUCCAUUGCAGAACCUUUGGCUGAGGAUGAAAUCAAUGAACUCAUGUCUGAUGCCGAUAAAAACAAUGAUAGCAAGAUUGACUUUGAUGAGUGGCUGAAAAUGAUGGAAAACAUACAAUGAUUGAGACAUUCUCCUAUAAUUAUCUGGCAUAUGAUUUGAAGAAUACCGCAGAAAAAAGGCAUAUAUUAGAGAAAGUUGUAAAUGUAUAGCAUAUUCCAAAGAUAACUUAAUAAAAGGACAGAAUCUAUGAUAGAUCCAUCUUAGAAGUCAUAGUAUCUUUCACAGUCUAAUUCAGAUAUAUCAUGCAUGGAAUCAUGUACUGAGGUGAAAUCUCAUUCUUGUUAGUUAUAAUGUAAAUGAGAAAGUAAUAAAUAGAAUACAAAUACUGAGACAUAAACAAUAGAAACCUGACAGUUUAAGAUAUGGACAUGAAGUCAUAGAUGCAGAAUUACAAUUACAAAAAAGUAAAUUGGCAUGGAAGCAGAACAUGCAAUAAAUGAAUAGGUGUAUUUUCAGAGUUAUGAGUCUAGACUGGGAGAGGCCAGAGUGUUCAGAAGUUGAAUGAUCUGAGGGGAAAAAAGCUGUUCUUCACAGUGUGCCUAUUUCUGGCAUUUCAGGAUAUAAAUAAACCUUUUUCCCAGUCCAAGACAUCAA